AUGGAUACAAGGGAGAGUACUGUUCAGACAGUUGCAGGGCUGACGCGUUACGAUCUGGUGAGGCCACAAAAUCGUGUAAGGAAUGCAAGACAUUUCCUGCAAUUAUGGCCUCAGACUGUUGUGGUUGGUUACAAUGUCGACGAUCAGGUGCCAACGCCAUGUGUUAUCUUUGUAAGAUCAAGAGAGUUUAUGACAAAUCCACGCUGUGGUGCAGUAAAAAGUGCAGAGACAACACACCAAAUUGGUCAAGCCUGGUCCGAGAGAGAAGUAAUCAACCAUGUCUUGUCUGUGGACAGCAAAACUCGUUUAAAGGGCGUGAUUGCUGUAGAUACGACACCCUGCCUAUUGAAAGUGCCGUCUACCAGUCAAAAGUUUUACGAUAUAACCCGUCAAUUUGAGACGGCAUGGAAACAUACAUACAAGACACUUCCUGAAAUUCAUUCGAUUUGGAGGAUAUGUUGUCCAGAGAAUUUGAUUCGUCGUUAUAAUGAAUAUCGUGAUGAAGUAGAGAAACGACAGAAAUUGGCAGAGAAACCAUUUCCCAAGGGACAGGGUCAACGGCGGGUUAUGACGGCUGGGAAUGAGCAGAGACGAUUUCAUGGGACUUCAAUGAAAUGUCUCCUGAACCUACUUUUGAGCGAAUCUCAGCGAGUACUUUGCUUAGAUCCACAGUGUUCCUUGUGUGGAAUAAUACGCUGCGGAUAUAGUCUGAAACAUGCAGGGACAAGCGCGGUAAGUGCGACUUUUCAGCGAUUUGGACCAGGCAUUUAUUUCUCUGGUACGUCAUCCAAAUCAGACGAUUACAACGAAGGCUCGGCUACUUUUUAUAAUGGAGAGAAAUAUAAAGCAAUGUUACUGAAUAAAUUGAUUGUUGGAAGAGGAUUCACAGAAACGAAAGAUAACGUACAACUAACUGAGCCACCGCCUGGAUAUGAUAGCGUCCUCGGCGAACCAAGAAUAACUAGCAAUUUGAACUAUGAUGAGGUUGUCGUUUACGAUGAACGAGCUUGCUUGCCAAAAUAUUUAAUCAUAUACAAGUGCCCCAAAACGAUUGCAUUACACAAAGAGCCUAUGUAG